AACAGCUGUUGCAUCCUAGUAGCGCUAUAUCUUGUUCCUUGAGGACCAGACUUAGAAGCAACCAAGUGAGAGAUCCAAUUCAACAACACCUAAACCACAAGCAUCAUCCUUGAAAUCUGUUCAGAGCUUCAUCAGCUCCCCCCACUUCUCUUCUUAUAUACCAUCUAAUCCGUCCUUGUCCCAUGAUUAUUGCGGUGACUUGACUUCUCGCCCGUUCCAUACACAACUGAAGGACACACAUACUCUCUCUUGACAGUCGAUUAAAGCGGCACAAAUGUGCGGAAAGAUGGAGCACAUGCACAUGGAACACAAGGGCAUACUUGGUGGAGAAUUUAAAGAGGGAAUUUGCGCCUCAAUUCCCAAACCACCUCCUAGCACAUCAAGCAGGCCAAACAGCAUGGUUGUGAAGAAGGUUUGCCCGCGGGAGUUCAUCCCGGCGCACAUCAUCGCGGAGGCGAUCUCGACGCUGCACGGGCUGGACCUGCGGUGGUCGGGGCCCAUCACGCCCAGCGAGCGGCAGUACGUGGAGCAGUACGUGCUUGCCAUGUACCCGCAGUACUCGCACGGCCUCAUAGAGGACGGCAGCUGCGACAAGGACGACCUCUACUCCACCUACUACAGCAACGGCAGCACGGCGUCGUCGCCGGAGGCCGGCGGCAGCGAGCGGCGGCGGUCGUCGCCGGUGGGGUCGCCGUCGUCGGCCGCCGCGAGGCCCGACAUGGUGGACAUGAUGGUCCGGCUAGAGCCGUCGCGGCUGCUGGACAUCCUGACCAAGAAGUCGUCCUUCCCCGGGAGCUUCAUCUCGAUCCCGGAGAUCCAGGCCAGGAACCGGGUGCUCCGCCACUGUGGCCUCACCGACGACGAGUACCUCGUGCUCUUCGCGCCCACGCCAAGGGACGCCAUGAUGCUGGUUGGGGAGAGCUACCCUUUCUUCCGGAGCAGCUACUACAUGUCGAUCCUGGAGGAGGAGAGCGACUGCAUCCGCGCUUUCGCGGCGUACAAGGAGGCCAAGGUCAUCGCGGCGCCGGAGUCGUGGCUGGACCUGCGCAUCAAGGGCUCACAGCUCAGCCAGUACUUCCGGCGCAAGUCCAAGCACGCGCCCAAGGGCCUCUUCGCCUACCCGGCCGUCUCCCCUUCGUCGUCCGGCGACGGCGGCGCGCAGCCGCCGGCGCGGUACUCGCUGCACUGGGUCUCCGAGGCGCACCGCAACGCGUGGCACGUGCUCCUGGACGCCACCGCGCUCGCCGUCGGCGAGGACCGCCUCCCGCUCUCGCUGCACCGCCCGGACUUCGUGCUGUGCACGCUCGGCGACGCCAUGCGCACGCGGGGGAUGGAGCAGCAGCAGUCGCCGGCGCCGCAGCCGGCGGCGAGGGUCACCUGCCUCCUCGUCAGGAGGAGGUCCUUCGAUACCUCCCUCUCCCAGCCGCAACAGCCACAGAAGCAGUAGGUCUCGCAUGCAAAUGCAAUGCAACGAUUGCUUCUUGCAUUGUGUUGUUAUUAUGAGAGAUAUUGAAACUGCACUGAGCGGCAGCAGGCGUUCGUGUCGUGAAUGUACGCGAUGUGUACGAUUGCUUCAUGCCUGUGACUGUGAGCCGUUGUUGCGUUGUGACUCGAUCGUGCAAACAAUUGGAGUUUACCCGAUUUCGUUA